ACACCUACUAUCCUUUCCAAUGGCUGAACAAACAAAAUUCAAGAUUGUUCUUUUAGGAGACAAAGAUGUUGGAAAGACGAGCAUAAUCUUACGCUACAGCCUCAACGAGUUCAGUGAGAGAACCUCCCUGACACCAAUCAGCGAGCAGUACAAGAAGCUAUCAGUUAAUGGCCGACAGAUGGUCCUUGAGCUAUGGGACACUGCUGGGCAGGAGAGGUUCAAGAGUCUAGAGACUCACUUCUUCCGUGAGGCAGACGCAGCUAUACUAGUGUACAGUGUGGAGGAGAGGGAGAGCUUUCACAGUCUGACCAGUUACUGGAUGAAGGAGCUCAUUAGGUAUGUUCACGAUGAUGAUAUGUUACCGAUAUUAGUCGUUGGGAAUAAAUCUGAUCUUUACGAGGAGGCAUCAGAAACUGUUAGUCUAGCUGAAGUUACUGAAUACACAAAUGCUUAUGAGCUACCGCCACCAAUUGAAACUAGCGCAAAAACUAAUCACAACAUUCAGAAACUCUUUAACCUUGUAGCGACAGAAUUAUACAGGAGGCACCUUCACAAUAAACCAGCUGGUGAUGUGUCGGGACAAUCCAGUAGAGAGAAGGUCAGUUUUGAAGACUCUCCCCCCUCCCCUUGUUGUGGAGGACCUAAGGUAAAAUCGGAUUCAAUGGCGGCUGCAAAUGUAAGCAAAAAUUGAAGAUUUUAUUGAGAGACAUACUUAUAAUAAUAAUGUCACUUUUACUGUUAUUUUACUUUCUUUUUGUGAUUGUGUAUCUGCUUUCAUGUUAUUAUUUUAAAAUAAUGAUUCAAGUGUCACUAGAGAAUAUCAUGAGCAUACUUUAAAUACAUAAAACACAUCACCAGCUGCUACUGCUCUGAGGGACAAUGGGGGGUGAGGGACAGUAGCAGGUGAGGGACAGUAGUGGUGGGUGUAACUGGAAUUAUGUC